AAGGUCAAAAGCACGAAACUAAAGUAUGUGGGCUGUUUAAAAGCGACGUUGUUGGCACACUUGUUAUUGAGGAUGUUCGCAGUUUCCUAUUGAGACGCUGUUGUUAUUGAUGUAGUUGAUUGUCAAUUAAUUUUUUAUUUUUAUGUUACUACUAUAGUACCAGAAUGUCACUAGCUGUGUUAUGUUUGUUAGGAAUAUUAUUUGUAGUAUUACGUUAUAUAUUUAUGUAUUAUUCCUUUGUUAAUAUUGUGUUUAUUUUCAACAUUUUUAAUGUUUAUUCGGACAAUCACACUCAUCGCUUGAUUGUUUAUCUAUUCAUAGUUCACUUCUCUCCACAGAGACUUCCUAGAUGGUAUUAGUGAGGAAGUCAUCACUUCAAAUAUGCUUUGAAUCUCUUAUAGGACGGCAUUUAAUGACUGUUGAUAGCGAGUGUUUCGGAUCAAUUAUGUUUUAUAGAACACAAAGUCAGCAAUAGCUCUGUUUAGAAGCUGUUUCGAUCUUUGUUGAAUUAUCCUUGUACUUUAUUUACUUCGAAGUAACUAGCUGUGAAGUAUAUGAACGUGGAUAGUAAAACGAAUAUGAGUCGGUAAAGAACAUAUACGCUAUCAGUUAGAUAAAUGCUUGUGAUCAUUCUAUACAAUAUUGAUAACAUUCAGUUGCAACGUAUAGGUUGGUACAAAUGCACUUCAGCCCAUUUUUACAGGUACCACGAACUCUCAAAAGUCGAUAUAGUGCAAUACCAACCAGUUGUUUUUUAUUCACAUAUUAUUUAAUUGAAAAGAGAUUAGUAGGUGUUUGCGUUUGAGGAUUAUCACUGAUGCCUGAGCUGACCGUCCCCACCUCUUUACAUUACUCCUAUUCGUAUGAUAACUUCUCACUUUGCAUAAGUUUCCGUCGUUUUUAAUCGUAGUCUGUUAAGCUAAAGUUGAAGUGUUCAAACUGUAUAGCUUCAACUUAGUUGGCUGGAAUAACCUAAUUGUAAGUUGUCAUACAUAUAAAUAAAAUAGACCAGGAAGCUGUGAGCAUAAAAUACAAAACUAGUCGGCUAGCUAUUCCACCAUAUUAUUUUACAUUGAGCUUCUAUGUUUCUGCAUUUUAAAGAUUAUUUACGGCUCCCAAAUCUUGUAUGAAAGCUCAUAAACGUAGUUUAAAUUGUGGCAAAAACAGUGUUGCGUGCUAUCAUAUAUCAGAAGUUAAAUCUCACAAUUUUCAAUUGUUAGCCUAAGGGCUUGAAUUUUACCUUACCUUAAUAAUUUUGUAGUACUACCAACUCAAAAUGUUUAAAUCAAAAUAUCAAACUGAACUUGGUUACUGAGUUUCAGUAGAUAAAAUUAACGGCUACAGUUCAAUGGAUUUUCUAUCAAUAACUAUAUCGAUAUAGUUACUUUUUAAUCACAAUACAAAUGAGUCAGUUUUUGUACUAUUGAUUGCGUUUUCCUGUCACAUAGUGUACCCUGAUAACCUAGUCAAAAUUUCUUUGGUUCUCUAUGCAUAAAACGUCAUAGUUAGCACCUUUUCUCGAUGAUUCUUUCCAGUUGCUUUAUUUCUUUAUGCGAUACUUGUGACCUACUCAAGUCCUUACAAUAAGUAAAAUACCCCAAGAAUACUUAGCCAUCUCUCCCAUACACAGGUCUAGCGUUUUGUGAUAAUUUCUUUAUCUCUUUGAUUGCAUACAUUUUUCAGCUUUGUUGCCAUUUUUAUUUCUUUUUGCUCUAUGUUUUGAUUGAAUUCUGAAGCCAUCAAAUAUCUCUGUAAUCAAAUAAAUGCACGCUUCUCCUGGUUGUGAAGUGCCACAUAAUAAACAGCCUCAAAAUUCAUCUGAUUCUUAUGGGAACAAAAAAACCUCAUCUACACAUUCCACCAAUAAUUAUAAAAGUUCAUUCGAAAGAACUAAUCAUCCACCAAUAUCUCAAUCAGUUCCAUCUUGUUCAGAUAUGAAUCCUGUAACAAGCCAACUUCAACAACAACAUUCACAGUACCGUUAUUCAGAUCCAUAUAGUUUCCUACGUCAGCCAGAGUCUAAUCCACGGACGCUUGCUAAUUCUGAUACUAUGAAUUGUGUCCCUUCAAUUUAUACAAGCCCAGAAUAUAAUUUAAACAGUCCAGAGUUAUGCACACAGACCAAUCAUUUACAGUCUUAUUUACAUCGUGUAUCUUGUUGCUUGCCUCAAUGUCCACAAUGUCUUUCUUACAAUCUUUUCGCUCAAUCUUAUAAUUUUCCAAACAAUGGAACAGCUCUACAACCACCUUUAGUAUUGUCUCCAACUAUGCUGAAUAACUACUCAACUUCAGCACUGUGUUGUCCAUCAGCUUCUCAAAUACCAUAUUAUUUUUGGUACAACCAGGAUCCUGAAUACCAAAAACAAUAUUAUCAAACUCAAUUAGCUAUGUCUAAGUUGAAUCUGGACCAUUCGUCUCCAAAUACAUGUAUGAUGGUACAAUCGGGACCAGAUCCUAUGCAUGGAUCUGUGCCAAAUCAAGCACAUCAAACUGAGGCAAAUUAUUCUACAGACCCAAAUGCUUUUUCUUCAGUAUCCUUAUCAGAAAAUUCUAAUACAAUUGUUCAUCCGCCUAGUUUAAUUAUGCCUAUGCCUCGGUCUGUCACUAUUGCUACUUCUCCUACUACUACCAUGAAUAAUAGUAAUGUAUCGUCUAAAACAAACGAUCCAUCUAUAAUCAACCAGUUCGAUUAUUCCAAUGCUUCAUCUUAUGCAAGUAAUAACAGUACACCAUUAAAUAAUCAAUUGAAUGGGUAUACAACACUUCCUAUGGAUGGUGUCUACGAUCCAACUAACAGUGCAUGGUAUCCUGGAUAUUGGAAUUCAAAUAAUCUAUGGGUAUCAACAGCAACUGGUCAAGGUGGUUAUUUAACAACACCGUUCAAUAAUAACAGAUUAUCUUUACCAAUUUCUUCAUUUUCACCCAACCCACAAUCGUUCAACACAGAUGAAUAUGCAGUUCUACAUCAACAAUAUGUAAAUGCAAUAAAUAGUGAUUUCACUGGUGUUAUCAAUACUGGUAAUAAUAAUCAUCGCCAUCAUCAUUCAACAGAUUUAAUAACAAAUUAUAAUCAGUCAAGAGAUAGGGCGGUUGUUGUUAGUCAACAAUCACAACAAACACUUUUAGCUAAUAGUAAUAAUAACAACACUACUUCAUCUUUGCCAUCGCUAUCAUCAUCUUCUUCGUCAAUAAUGCUCACUGCAGCAUCUUUAUCAUCAACACCAGUCAGUAAAUUAUUAUCAUCAUCGUCGUCACCAUCAUCAAAUCAAAAGGAAUAUCACACAUUAUCGUAUUACACUAAUCCGAAAUCAAAUGAUUCGUUAACUAAUUUACAAAAUGUUCAAUAUUGUUCUUAUCCUCUACCGUUUUAUAAUACGAAUAACGUUGUCAAUAUGAUAAAUAGUAGUCAUAAUAACAAUCAUACUACUGCAUCUGUUAUCACUCAUAAUAAUGCUAAUAGUAAUAAUAACAGUAGUAGUAAUAGCAGUAAUAAUAGUAAUAAUAUGCGUUUAAUUUUAACGAUAUUAGCCAAUUCACGAGCAAAUACUACCGCUAUUGCUACUCCAAAUAUUGUCCAUAGUCCUUAUCGCUAUAGUCCAGAUCGAAAUAGUUUAUUAUGUAAUCGUCAAAAGCUAUUAUCUGUCAAUCCUAUUUCGUGUAACACAAACACUACUCGAUCUAUGUGUAAAGCGUUUUCACAAUCCGAGUUGGCACGUUUAAACUUAAAUGUUAAUCCAGUGAAUUUCGAUGCAUCACUAGUGCAUAGAGCUCGUUAUUUCAUUAUUAAAUCAGACUAUGUGUACAAUGUGCACCAAUCUAUAAAAUAUGGUGUUUGGUGCUCAACUCGUACUGGUAAUCAAUGUUUGGAUGAAGCAUAUCAAUCAGUACAUGGUUCUACCGUGACUAUAACAACAACAACGACCACCACCACUGCUAAAAACGUCAAUAGUCGUAAUGAUAAUAAUAAUAAUAAUAUUAAUAUAAUCAGUGAUGAAUCGACAUUAGUUCAUAACAGUAAACUACAAUCAGAUAGUAAUGAAAAAGUAACAGGAGUUACUUCUACUACUAAUACUAAUAAUAAUAAUAAUAAAUCCCACCCAACUAACAAUUCUGUUCAAUGCCUAAAUGAUUCGCCUGCCGAUGUUACUACCGCACCCAUCUUAUCUGUUUGUUCUACCACGUGUACUACCACCACUAAUACAAAUACACCCAAUAACAAUAUAAACUUCGAUACAGCUAACGUUUCAAGAACGAAAGUCAAUACAAACGAUCCAAUUAUAUCAACAACAACUAUUUCUUCAGCCAUACCGACGGCAAAUAAUGGUCAGAACUCGACCAAAUCAAAAAGAACCUCAACAUCUACAUUUAAUACUAACAUAAACUCUUCUCCUGGACAUAUUAUUUUAUUUUUUUCAGUUAGAGAAUCUGGAUAUCUAACCGGAGUUGCUGAAAUGAUCAGUCCGGUUAAUCCACAAAAGCGUUCUACAAUAUGGCAAGAUUUAAGAUUUAGAGGAGAAUUCGCUGUGAGAUGGUUGUACAUUAAACAUAUUCCAAACCAUGUCAUUAAGCAUAUCUUAGUUGAGUGCUAUGACAAUCGUCCGGUGACAGUGUUACGUGAUACUAGUGAAAUUUUACCACCGUCUAAAGGUGAAGAAUUACUACGUAUUGUACAUGAAUAUGGAUUAUCUACGUCAUCAUCACUACCGAAUAUGUCCUCGUCAUUGUCAACAUCAUCAUCAUCAUCAUCUCAUUCGAUUGGAGGUGCUAAAUCAUCGACCAGCAAAAUUGGUAACAAUCAUAAUUUUUCAACCAAUACAAAUUUGACUAAUUCAAAUGGACUAAAUAAUCAUAAGACUACUAAUACGAGUAGUACUUUGAUUGUUCCAUCAUCUACCAUCUUUAAUAAUAACAAUAACACUACUAAUAAUAAUAGUAAUAGUAAGAAUAUUGUCCCUUCAGUAAGUAUAUGUUCAACGAUUCCUGAGAAUAAUAAUUCACAAGUUACUACUAAUGUGUCGAAUAAACAUAAGAAUAAUUCUCCGUCUACAAUUGUAUAAAUUAUCAUAUGAUCCUCUCACUUAAUUUCUUCUAUUUCGUUAACUUCGGUGAUAUAUAUACAUAUAAAUAACAUAAAUGUGUACAGUUUUCUUUUUCUAAAUGAAGUCGUCAAUUAGACAUGUGUCAUCUUCAAGUUUAUUCCCAGAAUUAAAGAAUCCUAUUCAUUUGUUGAGUAUCAACUUUUAUAUACUACUGAAAAAAGCAGUUUCGUAUUUUUGAACGUUAUUUUGUGACUUUCCAAGGACAAUUUUGGACUGUAUUAUAGACCCUUCGGUUGUGUGCUUAUUCGUUCAUGCUUCUGGCUGCUUGUGGAAUGUAUAUUUUUUCCGGGCUGAAUCAGGUCUUCCCCCUUGAGUUAUCAGAUCCUCAGCGACUAUGAAUUAUACAGAAAAUUUAGAAACGAUUCAAAUGGAAUGUCAAAUAUUUACGUGUAUAUGUUAAUUCAUUCUCAAGGUUGCAUGCAUGUAUUCAGUAACCAUGUUUAGUGGUAGCUUUAUAAAAUCCCUAUUAUAGCCUUUCCCUCAUGAUGCUGAGCUGUUCCAGUAUUUCACUUUCUGUUUAAUACAUCAAAAUAUAAUAAACUUUGACAUAUUUUCUUAUUGUUAAACAGACUGACUGCUGAUAGUUUUACAUGAUUUACUACUUCAUAUUGUUCAAUCCCUUCUUCGUUAAUUUCAUCUCCUCUGCGUCACCAUAUUUUUCAUUCACCUAUUAAAUCUUUAUAAACAUUCUCUACUUGUUUGGAAUUAUAUAUGUAUCGAUUUCUGUUUGUGUCUAUUUGUUCCCGGCAUCAUCUUGUGUUUUUCCUGUUAUUUGUGAUUUCAUCCCUUUAUAUUCUGCUUGUUACCUUUAUUUACGAAAAGACGUUUUUUUAAAAAAAAUUUGUUUUCUUUACAUCAUACUUUAUUAUUAAGUUACUUAGUAACUACAAUCGAUUUUGUAAUAAUCCACAUGUACACACACAUACAUGAAUUAUUGUUUGGGUAAAUUUUGACAUUUUGUGUGUUCAGUUUAAUUUUCUUCUACAUGUACAUCUGUUUAUUAAUGGGUUCAUUUGUGUGUGUGUGUGUGUGAUGAAUAGGUUGCUAAAAACUAGCAUAUACGUAAACGAUUACUCUAUAUUAAAAUCGCAUCAUAAAGCAUCCAUACCUUUUUUUUGGUGUAUUUGUCUGUUAUCCAUCGUUUAUACACAUAUUAUACAUCUGCGCUCUACUUGCCUCAUUCUGUUCUGUUGUCAUAUUUUUGUUAUUUCUUGGACAUUUUUUAUUCUACUACAUCAUUAGGAUGUAUUCCAAGAGUGUUUUGUUCUACCUUUUCGAUCUUAUUUGACCUGUUGUCUUUUUUUGAUUAUAAAUAAACUCAUUUUACAAAAUACAUAUUCGAUGAUGACAUGUUACCUAUUUUGUUUAUUGUAUAAGUUCGUGGGUGUUUGUCUCUGUUUAUGUGUGAUGCAUACUUGAUUUGUUCCACCUAACAGAUUCACUUCACUUGUUCAUGUUUGUUUCAUUAUUAUUACCGAUCAUUUGGUAACUGGAUUAAGAACCGACUUAAGAUGUAUAAAUUUGUUCUUGCUACAUUACUCUACUGCACUGCCCCUGAACAUUAAUCAAUACAUAAUCAUCACUAUUUACCAUUGUUCUUGCUUGUACGCAAAUUUUAGUCUUUCAUUCCAUGUAUUGGUUAUUCGUAGGUUUGUUUGUUUGUUUGUUUUCAGUUUAUGUGUUUAUUUUCCUUUAGUCAGUACGAUUACGCAAUUACUUCUAUUAUUAUUAUUAUUAUUAUCAUUAUUAUUAUUAUUAUUAUUAUUAUUAUUGCUAUUACUAUUGAUAAUUACUUGUAUAAGAUUAGUGGUGGAGAAGAAGCAUUGUCGUUUGAUUUUGUUAUACAUUUUAUGAGAUUAUUUUCUAAUCCAGUGCCUUCUAAAUCUCAAUAUCUUUUUUCUUCAUAUAUUUAAAUCCUACUUAAUAAACGCUGUACAUUACUCUCUGUCUUGUGCUCUACACAAAAAAAAAUGCAUAUGGUAGUUUAACGUUGUUUAUCAGCUGUAUGAUAACUCGUCCAAAACGACAAACGAUUGAUUCAACAUUUCUCAUUACUUCACAUACAUACAUACAUACACACAGAUAUUUAUUCAUUUGUGAAAUAAAUUUAGUUUCAUAUUGAAUCUUCCCAUGUUUGAUGAUUAUUUACUCAUUGUUGGUCUGUUGGUUCACUUCUCUUCUCUCUUCUUCUCUGUAUAUCGUCUUUAUUUAUUUUGCUUCGUAUUUUUUUUGUUUCAUAUUAAAAAGAAUGUGAUUCCUACAAUUUUUUACAAUCAUCAUUACUAUUAUUAUUAUCAUUAUCAUUUUGAAUUGCUUUCUGACUGUUUUCCUUCGGUAUAUUUCAUAAAAUCCUUUAUCUUAGCGGGAACCUGAAUUUUUUUGUUGUUGGUUAUCCCUCUUGCUUUUAUAUUUUUUUUAUUGUGUUCCACCUACUUUGAUAGUGGCUAUCUUACCGGAGGUCGACAGUUUGAUCGGAAAAUAUUAUGUAUCUGUCUGGAUUAUAAGGAGUUAUUUCUUAUUUUCUUUAUUUCUACACGUUUUAUUCAUUUCUCUUGUGUGUUUAUUUAUAUAUUCAACUUCCGUACAGUUUACAUAAGUAAAUUGUUCAGAUAUAUACAAUGAAUUAUUUGUAAAAACUUUAAUUGUAUAACACAUAGUUUGAAGUAGAAAGUGAAAUCGUUUUUAUUAUGUUAUGCUUUAUUCUUUUCUUUUGUUUACCUGUUGCUUCGUUCUGUACCUGUCUUUUUUCUCUUUUGAUUUAUUCUUGCUCCGGCGCAUGCGCCCCCGCCCCUAUUCGCUACAUACAAAUCUUUCAUUUUCGAUGCCUCUCUCUCUCUCUGUCGAUCUGUUAAUCUAUCUGUCUAUCUUUAUAGUCUUUCGAUUUGUUAAACGUCUUAUACCUUAUUUAUUUUCAAUCUUGAUAAUUGAAAAAAAAAAUGUAAUACGUUGUGGAGUUUUUAUUCUAUGAAGAAAUACCUUUCUGUGACACAAUUCUUUAAUUGUAUCUUUGUUAGAUUAAUUGAUUCCAGGUUACCGUGAUUGAUCCAAUCUUCAAAUUUGUUUGUUUUUUAUUUUUUGUAGACAAACUUUGUAGUUAAUCAUAAGUAAUGUAGGAGUUGAUUCGAGUUUGUCAUACUAAAUCAGCAUGGUUAGAUGAAAUAACCGAUGUAAAUCUCAGAGCAGUAUAAGUAGUAGCAGUAUCAUCACCAGUUGCAGUGGAAAAUAUUAGGCAUAAACAGUAUGGUUAGCAAAGAAUGAAUGAAUUUGUAGAAUAAAAUAACGUGUAAUAUUUAAAAAACUUUGAUCUCAAGGAAGGCAAAGAGUUUAUGUAUCUUAUCCAUUGUGAUCCAACAUGUCAAACUACUGGUUAUGAGAAUUCAGUCAGUCAGUCAGCUGCAACGUAGGACCAGGCACGUAUAUGCAUUGGUCCAAGUUGCCAUACCGCAUUAGCACAACAAG